GCCAGCUCUUUGGAGUGGUAAGGCGCUCGCUUGAUCGCUGCUAACUGGGAAACUCAUGGACUACAAACAGGUGGAUCGGACCCGGAACCACAUGGCCCAAUUCUCCGGUGCCUCUCGCUUCCCGGUGUGGCCGAUGUGGCCGAUGUCGUGGAUGCUGCUGCUCUUCUGCUAUGCGCUCCGGGAAGCCGGUGGGGAUAUAGCUGUGCACGUGCCCUUCAAUUCGACCGGCGUCUUGGGAGGGUCGACCGUAUUGCACUGUAGCCUGACUUCUGAAGACAAUGUGACAAUCACCCAGAUCACCUGGAUGAAGAAGAAUCCGGACGGAUCCCACCCUUCUGUGGCUGUCUUCCACCCCAAGAAGGGGCCCAAUAUCGUUAAGCCAGAGAAGAUGAGAUUCUUGGCUGCCAAGCAGGACAAGGAUCUGCAGAACGCAUCUCUGGCCAUCUCGAACUUGUUGGUGGAAGACGAAGGCAUCUAUGAAUGUCAGAUUGCCACAUUCCCCAGAGGCAGCAGGAGCGCCAGUGUCUGGCUGAGGGUGCUCGCCCCACCUAACAACACUGCAGAGCCCCUGGAGCCUUCUCCCGCCUUGACGCUGCAGGAUGUGGCUAAGUGCAUCUCUGCUGAUGGUCACCCUCCCGGACGAAUCAUUUGGUUCUCGAAUGUGAAUGGAAGCCACCAUGAAACGGAGAAACAAGGGUCCCAGCCGGGCACCAUCACAGUUACCAGCUACUACUCCAUGGUGCCUUCUCGUCAGGCAGAUGGCAAGAACAUCACCUGCAGGGUGGAGCAUGAAGGCUCCCACGAGCCGGACCAGCUGCCUUUGACCCUUUCCCUACCAUACCCACCUGAAGUGUCCAUCUCUGGCUAUGAUGACAGCUGGCACGCUGGCCUCACCAACAUGGUCCUGACCUGUGAAGCUCGCAGCAAACCAGCGCCCUACAGAUAUGAAUGGAACACGACCUUGGGUUCCUUACCCACCCCCGCUGAGCCUCAGGGCAAUAGGCUUCUAAUCUCCACCUUGGAUGGUCUCAAUAACACGAUCUUUGUGUGCAAAGCCACGAAUGCCCUAGGGUCUGGGCAGGGCCAAAAGUGCAUCCUAGUUAAAGAGCCACCAAAGACGAGCUUUAGCACAGGCUACAUCGUCCUUGUCGUACUUGCUGUCACAGUCCUCAGUAUCCUACUCAUUGUAAUCUGGGCACGCAAGCGUGGUUGUUGUCUGCAGUCCAGGCCCUCAGAGAAUAACAUCCGAUAUUCAUCUGUGAACGGCAUCUCUAUCCAGACCGUGGAGCCAAACAGCAUGAGGUGACGGUGCUGAGGUAGACAGAACUAAGGGACUUGAAGAUAUAACAACUGGAACCCUACUCCCAUAAAUGAAGAAGCCUCCAGAGAGACUGGCUGCCCAGUGUGAUAAGCAUAGCAAGUUUGGGGAGUCUCCCAGGAUGCUGCCAAAUUCCACGUUGUCAAAGGGACUCAUGGAACCCAGGGUGUUGGCUCACACUUGACAUCUUGGCCAGCUGGGGGGGACAUAAAGCAAGGUUGAGUCUAGCUUGGGUUAUAAAGCAAAGCCCUGCCUAUGCAAAGACAAGCUAACAGGCUUUGAGACAGUCAGAAACUGAAGUCUUUCUUUGGGUAAGGUAAAUCUACCUCACGUAUGUGCUAGACUUGAAAGACUUCCACCCUGUGAUUCAACUGCACACUCUCUUUAUAAAUUCACUCAGUUGGGGCUAUCUCCUCUGUGGACAAAGUCUCAGUAUGUAGCCAAGGCUAGGCUCAAACUCUCAGAGAUCCGUCUGCCUCUACCUCCCCAAUGCUGGAGUUAAAGGUGUGUGUGCCACUGCACUUUUCUAGGUCUUCUUUCUGAUGAAGUAACUUAUAUAUUUAUAAAAAGCUAUAUAGUUAGUUACAUAUAUAUAUUUUUGAGAGUAUUUCAUAGAACCCAAACUAACCUCAAACUUACUACGUAGCCAAGAAUGAUGGUAAGCUAAUUUAUUUUAAUUUAUUUGUCUUCAAGUUUAAAUACAGCCCAACCCCUGCUCCCUUCACUCUCUUCUCUCAAUCCAUUUGGUCUUCUUUUUCUUCCCAGACACUACUCUGAUUUAUGUCUUAAUUACAAACAUUUUAUUGAGCUACUCAAAAAUGUGUGAACCACAAAUGAAAAAAGAAAGUUUGUGUUUGUCAAAAUUGUAGUUGUCUUUCUGAGUCUGACUUGAUUUCUCUGAUACUGUUCUCUCCAGUUGUAUCCAGUUCCCUGUAACUUUGUUUUUCUUAGUGGCUGAAAAAUUCCAACUGUGUGUGUACAUAUUCUUUACCCAUUCCUCUGUGGGCGGCCAGCUGGACUGGUUCCACACCUGAGGUAUUGUGCCUGUAAUUGUCUCUGGUGGAUUUAGUUAAUUCCCAGGAAUACCAGGUCCUGUAGUCUGUAAUGUUUGACCCCAGGGACAAGAGACUGAGGCGCAUAUUUUACAUAUCAAAGUAGACCCAGCCUCCUGGUUCUCCCAGCAUCCCUCAGUCCCUACUUGGCAUACCUUGCCCCCAACACUGACCUUCCCCAGAAGUUCUCUGUAUAAUCCAGAAAUUUUGAUACUCUCUCUCUCAUAUUCUUCUCUCCUCUCUUCUAAUUGUGCCUUUUCUUUUCUUCCCUUCCACCUCCCCAUGCUGACUCCCCUGGCCUCAGUCAUUGGGGCCAGUGAACUCACCCAAGAGCAGCUUCGAAAUAAACCUGCUUUUAAUAAAAUCUAAUCUGGGGCUGGAGAGAUGGCUCAGUGGUUAAGAGCACUGGCUGCCCUUCCAGAGGUCCUGAGUUCAA